AUGGCAGGGAUCCUCGCCUGGUUCUGGAACGAGCGGUUCUGGCUGCCGCACAACGUCACCUGGGCGGACCUGCAGAGCACGGAGGAAGCCACCUUCCCGCAGGCAGAGGACCUCUACCUCGCCUUCCCCCUGGCCUUCUGCAUCUUCAUGAUCCGACUUCUCUUCGAAAGGUUCAUUGCUAAACCAUGUGCCUUAGGCCUUAAAGUCCAAGCCAAUGGGCCACAGAAAGCUCAACCUAAUGCUAUCCUGGAAAAAGUUUUCACGGCUAUUACAAAGCAUCCAGAUGAGAAGAGGCUGGAGGGCCUCUCCAAGCAGCUGGACUGGGAUGUACGCAGCAUUCAACGUUGGUUUCGGCAAAGACGCAACCAGGAAAAGCCCAGCACUCUUACAAAGUUCUGUGAGAGCAUGUGGAGAUUUACAUUUUACCUUUAUAUAUUUACCUAUGGAGUACGGUUCCUGAAAAAGACACCCUGGCUCUGGAAUACCAGACAGUGCUGGAACGGGUAUCCAUAUCAGCCACUGAUGCCUGACCUUCAUUAUUACUACAUAGUUGAAUUGUCAUUCUACUGGUCCUUAAUGUUUUCUCAAUUCAUUGACAUCAAAAGAAAGGAUUUUGGCAUCAUGUUUACACAUCACAUUGUAACAGUCACCCUGAUAACCUUCUCAUAUGUAACCAAUUUGACACGAGUGGGAACCUUGACCUUAUGUCUCCAUGAUGCCGCCGAUGUUGUUCUAGAGGCUGCCAAAAUGGCAAACUAUUGCAAGUGUCAAAAACUGAGUGACCUUCUGUUCCUUACAUUUGCCAUUGUCUUCAUUGUCAGUAGACUUGGCAUAUACCCCUUAUGGAUAUUAAACACAACAUUAUUUGAACUGUAUGAAGCUCUGGGCAAUUUUCCUGCCUUGUGGGUCUUCAAUAUUCUGCUUGUGAUUCUUCAAAUUCUGCACUGUUUUUGGUCUUAUCUGAUCAUUAAGGCAGCCUACAAAGCUAUUGCAAAGGGCAAGGCUGGAAAGUGGAACCCCUUGCAUGUAACAAAGGAUGACCGAAGUGACAUUGAGUCAAGCUCAGAUGAGGAAGAAACAGCACCUCGUUCAAAGACCCUGCACAGCACUGCCACCACUAAUGGGACCGGCGGUGCCAAUGGGACAAAUGGGUAUCUUACUGGUGGCACUUGCUCAGAAGACCAUUAA